GUUUCACACUCUGUCUUCAGCUCAGUCUCCAGCAUGAGGCGACACGAAGACACACUGAUCCUGGUCCUGGUCCUGGUCCCGCAGCAGCUCUGAUCCACCUCUCAUCCUGGUCUGUGCUCCAGAGUCUGACCCUGGUGCAGCUGGACCUCCUGUCACCGUGGAUCAGCACUCACAGACUCCGCCCCCUCUCCCGCCGCGCGCACAGGUGAGACUCCGCUGCUCCUCCGGGGGCAGAGUCAUGACUCCCCGCGGGAACCCGGGACUGUGAGCGCGGGUCCCGGUCGCUUGGACGUGGACUAAGUGGAGCCGGAUUUUGUGCUCAGUCUGUUUUACCCAGCUUCAUCUUCAUCAUCAUCUUCAUCGUCAUGUUCCAGCACAGCAGUAAAAAAUGUUUCUCCAUCGAGUCUCUGGUCGGGAAGGAGGUGAGCGCGCACAGCGGCGGAGGUGAGGAGCCCAUCCGGCCCACGGCGCUGCGCUUCCCGGACUCUCUGCACCCGGCCACCGCCGCCGCCGCCGCCGCUGCCGCCGCCGCCGCCGGGAUCUUCGGCUCCUGCUUCCAGGGGAGCAGCGGCAGGACUUUGUACCCGGAGGUUCUGCUGCAGGAGCCCGGGACGCACACGCAGCAGAGCGGCGGAAGCGGCGGCGGGGGCGGCGGCGGCGGCGGCGCGUUACCGCUCCACCCGCUGCAGAUUCCGCCUCAGAGUUUCUUCAGUCCGCACCGCGACGCGCUCAGCUUCUACCCGUGGAUUCUGAGGAGCCGGUACCUGCAGGGACACCGGUACCAAGGUGAAGACUCGAGUCCGGAAAACCUGCUCCUGCACGGUCCGUUCUCCAGGAAACCCAAACGCAUCAGGACGGCGUUUUCACCGUCUCAGCUGCUGCGUCUGGAGCGAGCGUUUGAUAAGAAUCACUACGUCGUCGGAGCCGAGAGGAAGCAGCUGGCCAGCGGGCUGUGUCUGACCGAGACCCAGGUGAAGGUGUGGUUCCAGAAUCGCAGGACGAAGCACAAGCGCCAGAAGUUGGAGGAGGAGUCACCGGAGGCUCAGCAGAAGAGGAAGGGCAGUCAGCACGUGAGCCGCUGGAGGGCGGCGACGCAGCAGAGCGGCGGCGAGGACGUGGACGUCAUCAGCGAGGACUAGACCGCGGCGCGCACGCGCACAGUCGCAAACUUUUGUUCAUACUCUAAUUAUGUUUCUUACACACACACACACACACACACAGAUGACAACGGGAACACCGCCAAUGUGGGAGGAGCUUAAAAACUGUCACUUCCUGUUGGACUAAAGAGGAAGAGGAAAAAACAAAACAGCUGUUGACUGAAAAACCCAGAAGUGGAUUUUUGUGCCAAAUGAACUGGUGUCCUGAAAAAAGGGGCGGAGCUUCUUCUUCUGUGGACAAGAAAGACUUCCAGGAAGUCUGCUCAUGAAACAGGAAGUAAAGUUUUACAGACAGGAAACAGACAAAGAUUUUCGUGAGUGGCUGACGCUCUGCUCGUUGACCUUUGACCGUGAACUUUAUCCGACGUUUGUUUUCAUUUAAAUGUUUGUUUGUUUUUAAAUAAAGCAAAGUUCCUU